ACUCAAACAGAAAGUUGCAGUUAGUUGCUAGGUGGUGUGACGUUUUGAUAUUUCCAGGGUUUUCUGAUUGGCUGACAUAUAGGUUUGCGAUGGAGGCGGUAUUUUUGUGGGUAUCAGGAAACUGAAGCGAGUUACUGUGACCAGAGAGAUAAAAUAAUAUAAUGGAGAAGAAAGUGAGGAAAAUCACCAUGAAUUCUAAUCUAGGAAUUACCUACUUUCUUCAGGUUUCCUGGAAGGAAGAUCUAGGGAAUGGAUUUGCCAUUACACUUUCUAAUGGUCAUUCAGCAUGGAUCGGUGAAGUGUCUGACAAUGACGUUUCUAAAGAAGCAAGUGACAUGGAGAUGGAUAAGAUAGCAUAUGUGGAUGAAUUAAAGAAAGCAAUGAUUUUAACUGCAACACCAUCUAAUAAAUAUACCUUUGAUUUAAUAAAAGACGAAGAAAGCUCUGAACAAUACAUUUUUUCUUAUGAAAAAAAACUGAAAGAGGUUUCGUUUAAAAUUGGAUCACUCAAAGUAAGAAAUGUCAAUAACCCUGCAGAAGUCAUCAACGAGUUGAUUGAGCACUGUUUGAACUGUGCAACAGAGUUGCAGAUCAACAAUGAGCAUCUGCAAAAAGAAAAUGAAAGACUCCGAUGUGAUUGGAAUGACAUGCAUGAAAAACUUAAUAAAUAUGUGAGCGGCAAAGAAGAGCUUGAGCAAGAAUUAUAUACACGGUUUACUUGUGUACUUAACAAGAAGAAGGAAAAGAUAAGGAAUCUUAAAGAAAAACUUUCAGAGUCUCAACAAAGAGAAACCCAACAAAAAAUACAGCAGAAAAGUCAGGAUUCUGUUCCUUUUGAUACCGUUCCUAUCUCUGAGCUGAAAGAUGAAGAUUAUGGAGGUUCUACUGAUGAGGAAGUGAAAAGUCAGAAGACUACAUUACAGCCUGCACCUUCAUUAAAGCGUCAAUCUGUUGCCAGUAACUUUGAUGAUUCUCCAGAUAUUGCACCCAGUAGGAAGGGAAGGCAGCGGGGACAAAAGCGUUCAUACACAUUAGUCAAAGUUAAGACUCAGGAUCCAGAAAAUCAAGAAAUGCAGAGAUCUAAUCCUUCCACUUCGAAGACAACUGGGAAAAAUCCCUCAUCUGAAAGAGCGACUGUGCACAAAUCAAAAAACACUCCCGAUCCUGAUGACCUUUUCUCUGACUUUUAACUAAACCCCUAAUCAAACAGAUCUGAAGUCAUUAUUUUUGUAAUAAAAGGAUAGUGUUUCUACAAAUAUAUUACUUGUGAAAUAUACGUUUAAUUAUUAAACAUAUCUAAAUUAGUUUCUAACUCCAGUAAAAUGCCAGCUUUUUAACCGAUUUCAGUGAAAUGAGAAAUAAAAUACAUUUUCAAGUUC